GCCCCUUACCACACACACAAAGACUGUUUACAAGAAUGGAGGACAACAUUUGAAACUGACAGUGCCGAAACAUACAUAUAACACACUUUAGGUAUCUAAAAAGAUUGUUGCAAGGUUUUGCAAAAGAAACCAUUCUUGAGAUAAGAUGGAUUUGGAAGAUGAAGCUGAUUUCACUGAUGAUGAGAUCAGAUAUGAAUUAUCAAAACUAGGAUACAACAAUGUGCCUGACACCAGAUUGAAAGAAUUUAAGAAAGAUCUUAAAGUGUUAAUUCAGCAUGAGUACAGCAAAGAAAGUUCACAAAACAACAGUAUCCUAUCACAUCAUGCUCCGGACGAAUCAGCUUCAACCAAUGGUUUUCCACACGGCUAUAAUAGGAGUCCUUUAGAAGAGUCACAACAAAGACCUACAACACAAGAUUCCUGGAGGAUACCCAAUCACCAAAGAGGUAAGGAGAACAGGUAUGACCUUGGGACUGACCCAAUCCUGAGGAAACCUCUUGGUCCAGCCCCAAAACAUAUAGGUGGGAACUUUUCCAUGUAUGACUCAACAACAGAUACCUCACACCUCCAGCAUAGGGAUGAUGUAUCAGACACGGAUACUGAGCGCAGAAUGGUCAAACGUAAAGUGUUAAGGAAAAAAGAUGAUGGUUCUAAAGUGAUAGACGAGUCAAUGAGUGAUAUAGGUAGUAUACUUGACCUGGAUGAGAGACUGCGGGACCUUGGCAUUGAUGAUGACCGAACAUCUCGACGACCUCAAUCCUCAAGAGAAGUGCCUCCGUACAGAUUGUCUGCUGAUGACCAGCGUCCAGCCUCAGUUAUCCUUAGGUCAGCUAAACAUCCUCACACAAAGAAUCUCCGUAAGUCGGAUCCCGUGGCACGGUAUCAGCAGUUCCAACAAAGCUGGUCUCACCAGAAGGCUCCUGGUGAGAAGGUACAUAAAAAUCUGCGCUGGAACAUCCGAGAACACAUGCUUAACCAGGAUCAGGUGUUAGAGAAGAAAUCCCAAAGAGUGUUUGUGCCUAACAAGUAUGUGGUACCUACAGACAAAAAGAGACGAGAUUUGAGGUGGCAGAUACGUAUGGACAUUGCUCAAGGGCAGAUGCCACCUCAUGGGUUCUAUCAUGAAUAUUGACAACUUAUCAAGUUGUAUUAAGCUCAUUUUCAUAGGUCAUGUGUCAUGAUGCCAAACACACAUAAUAGCAGACUCGGACAAGUGAUCACCCGUGUCAUCACCUCUCAUGGUUCUAACACCUGAUUGGUAGAUGUUAAAGUUGUGAUAUCUGAACCAUUCAGUGUGUAUUCCACGUCGCUUUUGGAUGUUAGCCAUCAAUGUAUUUGGUAGGAUUGAUAGAGUUCCAUUGUAAGAUGUGAGCCAAUGAUAUAUUCUAUAGGAUUGUUAGAUCUGAACCAUUCAACUCUAUGCCAGAUUUGGAUGUGUGUAAUGUAUUCUAUAGAAGUGCUAGGUCCGAUGAUUUACUAUGUACUGUGUUGGAAGGGUGUAAGGUAUUCUAUAGAAGUGCGAGGUCCGAACUGUCCAAUGUUGUACCCUGUACAGUGCUGGAUGUGUGUAGUGCAUUCUAUAGAAGUACUAGGUCCGAUGCUGUACUCUGUACAGUGUUGGGUGUGUGUAAUGAAUUCUAUAGAAGUGCGAGGUCCGAACUGUCCAAUGUUGUACUCUGUACAGUGUUGGAUGUUAGCAGUUGAUGCAGGAUUCAAUUCCAGCCUUGGAUCACAGGGUUCAAGCCAUUGAUUAACUGGUUUGUUCAGGGCUAUUAGAAUCUUUUUCUUACCAAUCAUGUCUUCUGCUGAAAUGCAUACACAAGAUGUUUAACAAAUUUUUCUAGUUAAUAAUGUUGGAUUGUGUUGAUUGCAUAGAUACAUUUUGUUUAAAUACUGUAGAUAUGUAUAUAUCGUAAACCAAUUCUGACCAUUUAAACCAGCAGAUUACUUUCUGUGUUUCAAAUCCCUUAUGUUGACAGAUUAUUAGUAACAAUGUCAUUAUAGCCAAUAUCCAACAAUUGAUGUUAACUUUUCAACCCUAAUUGACUGUAUAUAUGGACAAAACAUGACGAACCUAAGGCUGUAGUAGGAUAAAUCUUUACUUUUUGGAAGAAAAAAUUCAUCCAGUAUUACAUUGCAGCUUUGUAUUUGACAAAGACUAGCUUUCUUCUUUUGAGAUUAGAAACCAUUGACCUUUGUAUAUGAAAUGUGACCUUUGUAUAUGAAAUGUAGAACAGAAUGUUAUUGUAGCUAGUUAUAUAUAGACCAUCCCAUUAGAUAAAGGUGAACUUAUCACAGCCAUGUCAGAUACCUACCUGAUCUAAAUACCAGUGUGAGAGCAUUCCUGGACCAGUUAUAAAGAAUAAUGGUUAUGUAUAGUGUAGGCUUGUAUUAUGUGUAAAUUAGGUAAAUCAUGUUACAGAUCUAUAAUUAUUAUACAAUGAAAACUUACAUGUCAUUUUUCUGCUGUUUUUACUUGUGAAUAUUAAAUGUAAUUUAUUUUUUAAAGUGAAAUAAAUAAAUGUACUAUGUAUACAUACAAGAAUGUCUAUGAAGAAAAAUAAAAAUAUUGUAAAUAA